CACAACAAUCAGUCUAUCCAGAAAUUGUCGCGGUAUGCAGUUGGUUUACAUCCUCUGCACAAAUGUCGUUUGGGGAGCAUAACUCCUCCCUCCACGCGUCGGAUCUAGUCCCGGCGGGUCGGACCUCGCCCCGUGGGGUUGGGGCUGACGAAGGGAGCCGGGAAUCUCGCUACCUGAGACUAGAGAAUGAACAGUUACGGCAAUGCCUGAGGCUUAUGCAGGAACAGGCCGAGCUGGAGAGCGCUAACCUCAUCUCUUCCGUGAUAGCAUGGUGUGAUGAUAGGUUUAGGAAGAAAUUUGCUGACAUGUCCCUUGCAACAUCUACGGGACGAAAGAGUGCUAGUCCUUUUCGUCCCAUCACACCCCCAGGACCAAACAAAGCGCCAGGCACAGAUAGUAAAAUCUCGUCAUCGGACUAUGUGAGCACCGGUUCGACCUUCUCCAACCUCACUCCACCCUCCAGUCCUGUCAGAGGUUUCAACAAAAGGACUGAGGAGAUUGAUCGAUCAUACCCAACAGCCAAUACUCUUUUACAGGAGGUGCAACCCCCACAGCCUUCCCUCUCGAAUGAACGGAGCUACUCACCCACGUUGUCAUCCAGUCGACAACGCCAGACCUCACCUGCAGUAAAACUUUUCUCAGAUGCCACUCCCGGUCUUGCCAGUACCAGUGGUCGGAGUUCACCAGUAGGCAUUGCAAUCAGUCAGCAACCAUCAAGAGCCUCCUCGCGUGUUUCAUCUCCAAACAGUAUCAUUUCAUCAACACUACAGGAAACACCAGCUAGAGGAUCAGACAUCCAAGCUGAUGUCCCAGAACAGCCUCCUCCGUAUCAGUUUAAUCCUGCCCUCAGACAGUAUUCCGUCAAACUGCCCACAGAGUCUGACGUGGCUGCAGCUUUUAUGAGCCAAUUCUCCGGCAGAAGUGAUUUUUCAGGCACGCUUGAAACGCAUGAUCUCAGUUCAACCAGAGCAAGUCUCAAGCGCCCAGAGAGCGCCCCGUUUGUUCCAUAUGUACACGAGAGUGGUUACCCGGGUCAGCAGUCACACACCUCCCCCAACCCUUCCCUGAUUCAGUCAGCACCACAACGAGGCCAGUCACCUCGUGGAAUGAGACCACCAGAUUCGCCCCAGCAUCAUUUGGUUCAGAACCAUAGUCCAAGGUCACCGUCUCCAACACAGGGUCGCUAUUCCCCAAGAGGACAAACCGUCCAAAAUACAGCAUCUAUUCCACAAGGCCAAAGUACGGCAAUGAAAUCUCCUUCUCCUGGAUUAUCAUACAGCGCACAUCCCACGCUGCCAGUCAAUAGCGUUGUCGUGCAUGAGGACGUUGGAAGGGAGAGAACGCUUACUCCAAUUCCUGAAAUGCAGAAGACAGUUCCCAGAUACAUGUCAAACAUAGUUGAGGAAAUGGAGGAAGAGCUCAAAGGACUGAGCUCCCGCUCAAUGAGUCCGGCAGACAUGAUCUCCAACUCCCAGAAGUAUGGCCUACCAAAAGCAGAGUCAACACCAAAGAAAGGAAGAACCUCAUCUCCGACAGCACACAGCGGGUCGAAGCGCUACAAUAGCAGUCUACGUUCCCCCAGAGGAAGCAGAACCCCAAGUCCCGUUUCUGAUGACUCGUCCACGGUUCCAGUAAGGCGACACACCACAUUCGUUAAACCGUCCUACAGGAUUUUGGGAGAGAUUGCAUUUCAACUAGAACGUCGAAUCCUCGACUAUGUCUUCUCCAGGAAUAAAAUUCAUGACGGAGAUCGAGCCAAGCGACGUUUCUAUGGAUACACCGUCAGCAACAUCCCAUUCAUGAUUGCCAAGGAGGUCCAAAGAUAUGAUGGAACAACUGAUGACCAAUUACAGUUCAAGCUAAACUACAGACUCAGGUACACUGUGAUAACCCUGGGACCCUAUGGCUAUAAACUUGAGAGGCAUGGCAACUUCGCACAGGAGAUGAUCAACAAGUAUGGACUGCUCAGUAAUGCCCCAGAUCGCAGAACACUGGACGCCUUUGGUCUCGUGGACGCCGAGACUUUGCGAGGUUUUGUGUCACUUCUUUCGCAAACGGAAACAGAGAAGAGGGACAACCUCAUCCUUUUGGAAUGUCUCAUGUUGAUGGCUCAUGAUGAUGGCCGUGCCAUAUUCCUGUGGUGAAGCCUUGCUUAUUAACAUAAUGAUUUUCAUGUCAAAAUCUUAUUUCAGUGUUUAUCAUGUCGGCACUCAACUUUAGGUUUAUGGUUAACUUUCUUCCUCAUCUGAUUUCAAAUGGUAAUUGCUUUUCCACCGAUUAUUUUAAAUCCAAAGUGACCUAUAAAGGUCAAAGAUAAUCCCAACUGAAAUUUUGAAUAUUCCUCAACCCUCCUUGUACCUCAAUAUUCUUUGUUUUUCAUAUGCAUAAAUAUGUGAUGUACUA